AUGAGAAGCAUAAAAAAUGAAUUGUUCCGCAGGAAGAGUCACACAUUCUGUGAUUUGAAGCAAAGCUGCUGUUUGAGUUCAGUGUGGGGAGGAAGCAUACAGGGGAGAGGGGCCCAUUUCUUGAAGCCCUGCAUGGGGGAAAAACACACCAUCGCAGGAAAAACGAACCCCAAAUGUGAAAAUACGGAGAGGGGAGUCGUAUCACCACUUUUUAACGGCAAACCUGGUGAUAAUUUUACGAAUGGCAAAGCAGCAUCAUUUGGAAAUGCUCACCAAAAGGGGAAUAUUGGUGAACUUCUUAAACAUGCUGCGCAUUACGUGAAGGCCCACGGGGGGAAAAGAAGCAAAAUGAGUGACAAUGCACUGCGCGUAGUAGAGCGCAUUUUUAAGAACAACCUACUUGUCCACAAUUUAAGCUUUAUCCAUUUUAAUAUGCUCCUGAUGGUUAUUAGCAAAGGUGAAAUAAAAAUGAGUAAGCAAAUGCAAAACGGGAUUCUGCACUUACUACACAAGCAUAUUUCAUCCCACCCAAGUGAUAUUGACAAUACGAAUUGCGCCUGGAUUAACAUAAUCCAUUUACUGUCCAGUAUUUGUAAAAAUGAUAAAACUAUGUUACGUUUAAUUAGGAGAAAGUAUGACAAUGUAGCUAAUGAGGAUAUAAAAAAGGAUGGAGGUCUUCCCUUUGUGGAUAAAUUUGUACGUAGAAUAUGUGAAUCCAAUGAUUUCAAUUAUUCGAUAAGAGAAAUGUCUUUACUCUUGCACAGCUGUUAUCAUUUAAACGUUAGAAGUUACGAACUUUUUGAUGCCAUUUUUUAUAAACUACAAAAAGAGGAGCACAUUUUUAAUUGUCUAGAUGUUCACAUUUUUGUGUACGCCGUUUACAAAUUACAACUGCAAAGAUAUGCUCCCUUUUUGGAAAAGUUAAAAAAAAAUAUUUUGGAAAACAUAUACAAUUUUUCAAGCGGGCAGAUGGUAAAUAUAUUGUUAGCUUAUACAUACUUCUACCUCAAGGAGGGUAAGGGGAAAUUUUCCUUGAAGACAGAUCCGUUUAUGAGUACCAUUUAUAACACCUGUUGGAAUAUGGUAAGUAAUCUGUCCAAUAGGGAAUUUUGUAACUUUCUCAAUUUUAUUGUACAAAAUGAAAUUAGCUUAACUGAUGAGCAACGAUCUCAUUUGUUUGGCAUCAUUUUUAAUUUACUGAAAAAUCAACAGAGCAACAAAUUAAAGCUUAACCAGAUGAUUGACUUGGACGUUUUCACGAUUGUAAAUUUUGUUUACAAGUAUGGCAAUUGUGAAAACACAUCAUACAUGAGAGAUAUGCCGUUCGAGCAUUUGGACCAUUUGACUACACAAAUAAUUGAGAAGAAUAAAUUUACACCAAAUUUGCUUGUAUACCUGUUGCAUUUUUAUAAGCAGAGGGUGGCUAGCUACACUCAUGCACAUUUUUUGAAGCACAUUUGUGUGAACUCCCUCGAUUUCAAAAUGAAAGUUAUUCUACUAACUUCAGUGGACAGGUACGUCACAGUGGGGGGACAGACAGAACCUCGCACGGGAGUAGCACAAAGCGCAUUUUGCAUUAAAAAAUAUUACCACGAUUUGGUGAAAAGCGUUUAUGAUGACCUGUGCAGGGGGGAAAAUACACCCACUCGAGUAAGCACCGUGGACACCUCUCUAAAGACAAACAGCAGCGCCAACAAGGUCGUAAUAUCCAACACAGACGUUAAGGAAAUAUUAAAAUGGAUUAAAAGUAAAACUCAGAAUGGCGAUAAUUAUCAUCAGCAUUGUGGCGAUGAGUCGUCUGGCGAUUAUCUCAAAAGGGAGACCAUCAAAUGGGAACGAAUGCUUCUCAAUAGGGCCAGCGAAUACGUGACUAAGAAUAAGCUAGUGGAGUUAUGUCCUCUCAUCGUCAUGAAUAGACAUGUGAAUUCGGAUAUUUGCAACCAAGCAGAGGAAAUUAUAAACGAUCAUUUUGAAAACUUGAAUGAGUAUUUGCUAAGAUAUAAAGAAAGAGCAAAUGGUAUGAACAAGUACGAACAAAGUAAACACAAUUUGCAUUUUUUCGAAGCGCUAAAUCUGUGUAAUGAAUGCAUUUUCACUAAUAGGGGUGGUGGAGAUAUCAAGCAGUUUAUGAUGAAGAAGAAAGUCUUACUGCACUAUAUGAAUCUCACGGCUAUGACAGAAGAAAAUAAAAAACAUUAUUUUUCAUUACACGUACAUAUGCUCCUAUUCGACAUAAAUAACAAUUUAGACUUUUUUACAAACCAGCUGCUAGCCAAAAUUUCCAAUUAUGUAAAGACCCCUAAUUUGGACUAUGAAAUUUUUCUUGUAAGCUUUGUCGAUAUAUUUACUUCCAUAAUAAAAGUGCAACCCAGUUAUUACGACUUUUACCUGAGCCAGAUAUAUAAGUACAUAUUUCCUCAACUCUUUUUUCACUAUGAAAAGUUAAACUGUAAAAAUUUGUCUCUUUUAUUUUAUUCCAAUUUAGUUCAUUUACUUUUACAUUUGUAUAACCGAAAUAUGCUCUCAUGCCACAUCACAUUAUCCAUUCGAUUGAUGACAACAUUGUUUAACCAUAUUAUAAACUCCAUGGAUGAAAACACCUACAAGUUAACAGAAGCACAUUGUUCAGAAGUGUCCUCAUGCCAUACGAGGGAUAGAGACAGAAAAGGGACACCAUCAUUACUUCUACCUUUGAACGAUUUAAUUUACCUCUAUAGGGUCCUCACAAUUUUUCACUUUUCGAAUUUAUACCCGUACAUGGCUGUGCAGGAGCUAAAAUGCCUUUACGCGUUUUACAAAGCUUUGAAUUUCUUGAUUUUCAAAGUGCACAACUUUUGCGUGACCGAGUUUACGCAGACGAAUAAAGGCGCCUCAAACGUGCACACCACCGUAGUGAACUCACUGAAUGGUCUGUUCAAGAAAAACAAACAAGUAAAAAUGAUAUGCGAACAAGUUGUGUUCCCGUUAUUUAUAAUAGACAUUUUAAUUGACCAAAAUUGA